CUUGGCCGCAACGGGAUAUAUUUUUUUCUGGAAUGUCCAAAAGCGAUGUGUCAUAGCGAGGGUUGAAAAAUUAUAAGAGGUUUAUAAAAUCUACUAUUUUUAAAGUUUAUAGAUACUAUACAAUUAGGUGGUUAACUUAGUAAUAAUUGAACAAUGCUUUCUGCCAGUUUACGUUCAUUAAGAACUCAAUCUACCAGGCAAAUCCCUGGUAUGAUUACUAGAAGACAUUAUGCAUUAUCAUCUAAUGCACUUAACUUGAUCUCUAAAUCAGUUUCUGAAGUAGAUCCAGAAAUGGCUGAUAUCUUAAAUCAAGAGAAACAAAGACAAAAGAAUUCAAUUACUUUAAUUCCUUCUGAAAAUUUCACUUCUAAAGCUGUUAUGGAUUUGUUAGGUUCUGAAAUGCAAAAUAAAUAUUCUGAAGGUUAUCCAGGUGAAAGAUAUUAUGGUGGGAAUGAAAUUAUUGAUAAAGCUGAAAGAUUAUGUCAAAAGAGAGCUUUAGAAGCUUUUGACUUAGAUCCUGAACAAUGGGGUGUUAAUGUUCAACCAUUAUCCGGAGCACCAGCUAAUUUAUAUGCUUAUUCCGCUAUAUUAGAAGUUGGUGAUAGAAUUAUGGGUUUAGAUUUACCUCAUGGUGGUCAUUUAUCUCAUGGUUAUCAAACUCCUUCAUCAAAAAUCUCUUAUGUCUCCAAAUAUUUCCAAACUAUGCCUUAUAGAUUAAAUGAAAAGACUGGUAUUAUUGAUUAUGAUACUUUAGAAGCUAAUGCUAUUUUAUUUAGACCUAAGGUUAUUGUCGCUGGUGCCUCAGCUUAUUCUAGAGUUAUUGAUUAUAAGAGAAUGAAAGCUAUUGCUAAUAAAGUUGGUGCUUACUUAUUAAGUGAUAUGGCUCAUAUUUCUGGUUUAGUAUCAGCUGGAGUUACUGAAUCUCCUUUCCCAUAUUCUGAUAUUGUUACUACUACUACUCAUAAAUCUUUAAGAGGUCCAAGAGGGGCAAUGAUCUUCUUUAGAAAGGGUAUAAAAAAGGUUACUAAAAAGGGUAAAGAAAUUCAUUAUGAUUUAGAAAGAAAAAUUAAUUUCUCAGUAUUCCCUGCUCAUCAAGGUGGUCCACAUAAUCAUACCAUUUCAGCAUUAGCAGUUGCAUUAAAGCAAACUCAAUAUCCAGAAUACAAACAAUAUCAACAAGAUGUUAUUGAUAAUGCAAAGACAUUUGCUGAUGCUUUAGUAUCUAAAGGUUUCAAAUUAGUUUCAGAUGGUACUGAUACUCAUUUAAUCUUAGUUGAUUUAAGAUCAAAAAAUAUUGAUGGUGCAAGAGUUGAAGGUGUUUUAGAAAGAGCUAAUAUUGCUGCUAAUAAAAAUACUGUUCCUGGUGAUACUUCAGCUUUAUUCCCAUCUGGUUUAAGAGUUGGUACUCCUGCCAUGACUACAAGAGGUUUUGGUAAAGAAGAAUUUGAUAAAGUUGCUGGAUUUAUUGAUAGAGCUGUUGAAAUCUCAUUAAACUUGAAAGCUCAAGAACAAGGGAAAGUACCAAAGGAAUUACUUGCUUCAUUCAAAUCUUUAGCCAAUGAAAGUUCAGAAGUCAAAGCUUUAGGUGAAGAAGUUGCCGCCUGGGUCUCAACUUAUCCUGUUCCAGGAGAUUUCUAAAGAUCUAUUCUAUAAUACUUAUACAUAAUGAACAAUUCUUAAUUUCCUAAAUUUGUACGAAAUUUACGCGUGACCAUUGGACUUG